AUGAACAAUUAUUCAGCAAGAGUUGUUCCAAUUCAAAAAGGGGACAAAUUUAAUCUCAUGCAGUGUCCAAAGAAUGAUGUAGAACGAAAAGAAAUGGAGCCAAUUCCUUACUCUUCUAUUGUUGGAAGUUUGAUGUAUGCUCAAACUUGCACAAGACCGGAUAUUAGUUUUGCGGUCGGAAUGCUGGGAAGAUAUCAGAGUAAUCCAGGAAUUGAUCAUUGGAAAGCUGCAAAGAAAGUUUUGAGGUACUUGAAAGGAACGAAGGAUUACAUGCUCACGUAUAGGAGAUCCAACAGUAUGGACGUUAUUGGAUAUUCGGAUUCAGAUCAUGGCGGAUGUGUUGACACUAGAAAGUACACUUUUGGUUACUUGUUCUUAUUAGCUGAAGGAGCAAUAUCGUGGAAGAGUGCUAAGCAAUCCGUCAUUGCUACAUCCACAAUGGAUGUAAUUUGUGGCAUGUUUUGA